GAAGGAAAGCUAGGGCCAGAGUGAAAGUGAGGGAGAAGCGACGUCUGAGCGUGCUGGGGUCAUCCUAGCCUGCUCCCAUCCCGGCCACAGCUCCUAUUCCAUAUAUAGCUCCUGACAACUGUCUAGGGGUGAAACGUCCAGCUCCUUCCUCCCUCCUGUCAAAUUUCUGCUCCUGAAGGCUGAGCACAGUUCUUGGCCACUGCUGUGGUCUUUGGGCACCCACUGCUUCAACAGGAUGGCUGAAAAGCCGGAGCAGCCUCAAGCCUCCGAGAAUGGGGAAAAGGCGGAAAAUGCCGAAAACACAGAGAAUGCAGAGAAUGCAGAGGAGGCUGAGGAGGCUGAAAAGCCCAAAGAGCUGGAGGAGUUGCCACCAUUUGAAAUAGUAACAGGGGAACGACUUCCAGCCUUCUUCUUCAAAUUUCAAUUCAAGAAUGUAGAGUACAGUUCAGGUAGGAACAAGACCUUCCUGUGCUAUAUAGUAGAGAUUCAAGGCAAGGAGUCAAAGACCUUAAAAGGCUACCUGGAGGAUGAACAUGCAGCAGCCCAUGCAGAAGAUGGCUUCUUCAAUACUAUCCUACCCACAUGCGAAUCUGGUCUGCGCUACAAUGUCACCUGGUAUGUCUCUUCUAGCCCAUGUGUGGCCUGUGCUGAUCGAAUAGCUAAGACAGUGCAGAAGAAUAAGAACCUGCAUCUCUCCAUCCUAGUGGGCCGUCUCUUCAUGUGGGAGGAGCCUGACAUCCAAGCUGCUCUGAAGAAAAUGAAGGUAGCUGGCUGUAAACUGAGGAUCAUGAAGCCUCAAGACUUUGAGUAUGUCUGGAAGAAUUUUGUAGAACAGGAGGUGGAGGAAGGUGAGGAGGCAAAGGCAUUUGUGCCCUGGGAGGACAUUCAAGAGAACUUCCUGUAUUAUGAAGAAAAGCUUGCUGAACUUUUGCACUGAGGUUCAUGGCCAGCUUGUAAGAGAUCUGCCAACCCUAAGGAGAGACAAGCAUGAUAUACGUUGACAUCUGGGACUCUACCUUCAGUCUUCCAGAACCACUUUGAAACAGGAAAAUAACAUCACAAGUCUCUAGUUGACAGGCUGUGCUGAUAAACUAAAAAUACAUUUACUAUGCUACAUGUAGGCAUUUGGUGGUUUGAAAUACAUAAACCUGCACUGCUGCUGUUCAUAGGGAAGGAAAAACAUUGUGAUAAGGUAGGAAGUAGAUGGUCUGCACUGAAAAGGACUUCCAUUAUUGAAAACAUUGGUGAGAAAAGUCAAACCAAAAAGCUCUCUACAAACCAGCACUGCAAAUCAAGCCAUUAUGUAUUUUUAACAUUAUGAAUCUUUUUCAAGACCGCAGAAAACAAGGAAAUGAAAAGGUGUUGCUCAUUCACCCAUCAUGUAUCAUUAAUAUCCAUAGCUUAAUAUUCAGGUUAAUUCCUCUGCAGCAAAUGCAUCAAGUAAAGCUAAAUAUCUGUUCUACUACAAGCAUUCAUACAAUAAAAAAGCAAAUGAGAAAACAAACAAAAAUCUUUGCUCAGCUUAGCUUAGCUUAGCUUAAGUGAAUACUUCUCUCAAAAGAGUCGAGCUCAACCCUGUACUUCAGAGGAUUACUCUUAAUCAGGUUUUAAGAAGUCAAUCCUGCCACUCCCAGUCAUGCUGCCAAGAUGAAAAAGACAUGACUGAUGUAGAUGGUGCUCAUUCCUGGGUCCACUUAACCAAUCAGUCAGACACAAGGAUUGGGAAUUAUUAAUUGAGGCUUUAUUGCUUCUGCAGAUAGCAAAAGGUAAUCAGUAGGCUCAUGCUCUUAAACCGAUUACAGUUUGGUUACAGGUACACCUUACAUUUAUACAGACAAUCUAAAUGGUGCUGACACCCUAGACACAGUAUGAUGAUCGAAGUAUCUAGUAUGCAUGAGAAUGCCUGAUUCAUUGUUCAUAGGGUGAUUACUCCUUAUUUGGUUAGAUCCUGUUUUCUAGCAGUGGGAACCUUAGCUAUGUUAGCAAGUUUAAUAGAUACAAUUUAGCUAGAAAGAGAUAAUGACGUUAAUCAUGAGAGGCAGUGAUGUCUCUGAGCUGGGUUAGGUUACUUUAAGUUAGAAUGAGGUUUUCUAGGCAAAAAUGGAGUUUCUUUGGUUUUCUAAACACAUCAUGACCAACAUCAGUUUAGCUAAAUAUGAAUUGGUUAAAGUUCUCCCAAAAGUGAUCAUUGCCCUAUUUUAAUUAAAGCUAAAAACAUAAGAUAUAAAUAUAUCAACAUGGUUAACAUGCUUGCAAAAUGAAGCAAAUACAAGAUCUUAAAUAAUGCAGUACUGUAAAGUCAUACUGAUUUAUUGAUGUAACACAGCCACUUGUAUCAGUUGAGUAGCUUGGAUAACAGCUAACCUUAGUUCUGGCAAAACCCUGCAUGAAUUUACAUCCACCAUUGAAUAAUCUACAGAUUAAGUCCUAUGAUCUAGUUUAAAGUGUUCCAUAAACAGGCAGCGGAAGCAAACAAAGGCUAUGCACCAAAUAAGAUUAGCUUGAGUUUUUAAAUUUUUUUUAAUACAGAACAAGGUAGCUCUAACAAAUUAGCAAACUUGCAUACUGCAGUGGAGGAAUGGGGCAGGGAUACACACAACAAUUUAGUGUAUCCAGCACAUCUUUGCCAAUCCUGCCCUAUUCCAAAUAAGAGCAAUUAUGAUCAAAGUGUAAAAACCUAUCUGUUGGGUAUUUGAAAACUCUAAGAUAUACAAAAUGAUGGCCCCAGAGAGAUGUAUGGGGACAUGGCUCUCCGUGCAGCAUGGCAUUCCCUCUCUUUCCUCCAUACCAUUUCUAAACUUGGGAACUUCUGAUGCCGCCCCGUGAAGCAGAGCAAGGAGCUGCCCUUUUUGGGGUGGGGGAGUGUAAGAAAUUCUAGUAUGCAUACGUAAGUACUUUCACCUGCCUAAAAGGGCUCUCUGGAUCAUGACCUACCUGUAUAUUACAAUUUGAUGAGAAAUCUGUAGUAACACAGACCUUUUGGUGAAUAAGCAAUUGAUACAAAACUACAAGUUCUCUUUCAAGGUAAUUGUAGUGCAAAACACAUGAUACCUUAACUCCAGGUUUGGGAUCACAUGUGUCCUUGGGACCAUGUGUGUUAAUCCACGGAAGCAACAUGCUUGUUGCAUGGUGCAUUAUGGGAUUCCUAGAGACCAGGACCCAUUUCCUGGCCUCCAGCGAUCCGUACUGCUGGGUGCAGCAUGGAUGGUGUGGAAGUGUGCUGGGGCGCUGGAAAGGAGCUCCUUGCUCAUCUGGGGUGGGUUCAACCCUGCCUUCUCCCCCUCCCCCGCUUGCCCUCCCAUUAUGGUUGUGUGAAUGAUCUUAAUGACUUGAAGACAGAACAUACUUAUUUGAUAAUUUUAAUAGAAUCACAGUUGUGAUAGAACCUUUUGUAGAGUGCAUUGGAAGAUGUUAUGUAUAUGUGAAAAUAGAAGAUUUACUCUUGGGA